AGUACGGCCUGAAGCUGGGAAGUCAGCUCUUCAUCAAGCACAUAGUGGAGGAUGGGCUGGCGGCGAAGCGCAGCUCCUUGCAGGAGGGAGACCUCAUCCUGAAGAUCAACGGGGUGCCCAGUGAGGACAUGUCCCUGGCUGACACCCAGCAGCUCAUCGAGCGGACGGAGGGGAUCCUGACCCUGCUGGUGCUCCGGGACCACCGGCAGUUCCUGGUCAACAUCCCCGACCCAGAGGAGAGCCAGAGCGACAGCUCCCCGCUGGACGAGAUCUCUGACAUCGACUCUGAACUGUCCCACCCGCCAUCCCCGGAGCCCUCGCCCCCUCCAGCCGCCGCCACGGUGAACUCAGCACCGGAGAGGAGACAAUUGAACAGGGACCCUGCAGCCGACACGACCGGGGAUGACGCUCGGGGCCCUGCACGUCACCGGCAGGCUGACGGCGGGUUCCCCCGUGGCAGGUACGGCACGGACUCCAGGGUGGUGCACUUUGUGAAAGCCCAGAGCGUGGGGCUGCGGCUGGCCGGCGGCAACGACGUGGGCAUCUUCGUGUCGAGCGUGCAGGAGGGCAGCCCAGCUGCCAGCCAGGGCCUGCGGGAGGGGGACCAGAUCCUGCAGGUGAACAACACCAGUUUCCAGAACCUGACCCGUGAGGAGGCCGUGGAGCAUCUCAUGAGCCUGUCGCCAGGCACAGACAUCACGCUGUGGACCCAGAGCAAGCAGGACACUUACAGGAAGAUGAUCUCGUCCAACGCGGGGGACUCGUUCUACAUCCGGACACACUUUGACUUUGAGAAGGACACGCCGGCAGGACUCAGCUUCACCCGCGGGGAAGUGUUCCACGUGCUGGACACCAUGUACCGGGGCAGGCUGGGCAGCUGGCUGGCCGUGCGCAUGGGCAGGGACCUGCAAAAGCAGGACAAGGGCAUCAUCCCCAACCAGAGCAGGGCCGAGCAGAUCGCCAGCCUGGAGUCAGUGCUGAAAGCCACGUCUGGUGCCAACCCCUCUGGGACACGGGCUGAAUUUUGGAAGCUGCGGGGCCUGCGGGGAGCCAAGAAGAUGCUGCGGAAGAGCCGGGAGGACCUGUCUGCCCUCACAAAGCAGGGCUGCUACCCGCCGUAUGAGAGGGUGAUCCUGAAGGAAGCCAGCUUCAAGCGGCCGGUGGUGAUCCUGGGCCCCAUCGCAGACAUCGCCAUGCAGAAGCUGAGCACGGAGCUGCCCCAGCUGUUUGAGAUCGCCCCCAGCGUGUCCCGAGACGGGGCGUCCUCCAAGGUCAUCAAGCUGGACUCGGUGCGGCAGAUCGCAGAGAAG